GCGGAGAUCGCAUCGGUCGUCUCCAGCGAGAUUUCUUCGACCUUCCGUUUAGAUUACCGGUCAGAAAGUUUCAAUUUUCCGUGCAAAUAGUUUAUAACGAAAAAAUUGUGUUGUAGAAGAAACCCCAAUGCUGAUAAAGACGGAUUCAAAAAAGUUCCAGGCUCAGAGUCGAAGGUUGCGAAAUGAACUGAAAAAACUGAAGUAUGGCUGUCUGCAAAUCAUCAAUCAUUAAUUGGACCACUUAAUCAAUAAGGAUACCUGCAGUAAAAAUAAACGUGACCUCAAUAUUUUGACUAAAAAGAUAAAUCAAAACUCCUUCAGUGGUUGGCUUCUACUAGUUGUACUGGGACUUGGUUUGACAGUAAGGUUCAUCCGUUCUCAAAAAAAUGUAUCAGCGAUCAGUUCUUCUUAGCGUUCCAAAAUCCCAAUCGAUUGACAUAGAAUUCAAAGAUCUCGACUACACGGUCCAGGUUGGAUUUCGAGGGCCGAAAAAGCAGAUCCUUAAAGAAAUUAGUGGAUCCUUUAAAUCAGGAGAAUUAUCAGCAAUCAUGGGUCCCUCAGGGUCAGGCAAAUCAUCCCUUCUCAAUAUCCUAACAGGUCUCGAGAGGAAAAACGUUAAAGGGAAAGUCUCCUACAUCCACGGAAAGGUCGAAAAAUCUUGGAACGUCUACAAAAAACAGGCUUGUUACAUCCUACAAGAUGACCAACUAAAUCCCCUUUUCUCUGUCAACGAAGUCAUGAGAAUGGCAGCAGAUUUAAAACUCGGUCACAGUUUAAACUCCAAGGGAAAACAAAUGGUCAUAGAUGAUGUCCUCGAAACACUUGAUUUGCUGAGGACAAAGGAUACUAGAUGUGAUAAGCUUAGUGGAGGACAAAGGAAAAGGCUCAGCAUUGCCCUCGAGUUGGUUGACAAUCCUCCAGUUGUAUUUCUAGAUGAACCAACAACAGGGUUGGACUCCCUGUCAUCAAUACAAUGUGUCUUCAUGUUGAAAAGCUUGGCAAGGUCAGGCAGAACAAUUGUUUGUACAAUCCACCAACCCAGUGCUGCAAUCUAUGACAUGUUCGACCAUGUCUACAUGUUAGCAGAUGGUCGUUGUAUGUACCAAGGUGCUGCUUUCAACACAGUUUCGUAUUUCGGAACGUUGGGUCUACAUUGUCCACAAUACCACAACCCGGCAGACUAUGCGAUUGAAGUAGUUUCUGGGGAACACGGUGAUUUCAGCCAUCACCUUUCAGCGGCAUCAGAAGACUCCUCCUGGAGGUCUUCAGGUCCUCUCAAAAGUGAUAAAUUUAACGGGAUCAGCAGGACACACAGUCAAGAAGGAAAGACAACUGUUCUCAUUACUUCUCCAUCAGAGUUCACCAAAUUCUUGGUCCUUGUAAGAAGAUGUACUAUUCAGCUUUAUAGGGAUUGGACCGUCACUCAUCUGAAACUUCUGCUUCACUUUUUAGUUGGUGCACUUUUGGGUGCCCUUUUCACUGAUUCUGGGUCGGAUGGAUCCAAAACUAUUAGCAAUAUUGGAUUCCUAAUUGCAACUUCAGUUUAUCUUUGCUACACUAGCAUGAUGCCAGCAGUUCUCAAGUUUCCCUCAGAGCUUCCUGUUCUGAGGAAGGAACAUUUUAAUAAUUGGUACAAACUGAGGACCUACUAUGCAGCUUUUAUCAUCACCAAUACACCAGUCCAGAUGGUCUUUGCAAUAGUGUAUUCAUCUAUUUCCUAUUAUUUGAGCAGCCAACCCAUGGAGUGGUUCAGAUUCUUGAUGUUUGCUAGUAGUGCUAUUUUGACGACUCUUAUUGCUGAGAGUUUUGGACUUGUUUUGGGAACGACAGUAAAUCCAGUUAAUGGAACAUUCUUGGGAGCGAUUUCAGUUUGUGCAAUGCUGAUUUUUGCUGGAUUUUUGGUUUUAUAUACUCAUAUGACUCCAUUUUGGUACAUGGUGAGCUACUUGAGUUAUUUGAGGUAUUCGAUGGAAGCAAUGGUCUCUGCACUUUAUGGAUAUGGAAGGGAGACUAUGUUUUGUCCAGAUACAUAUUGCCACUACAGGAUUCCUCAGACGCUAAUUAAUGAACUGGGAAUGAAAGGAGACGGUUUUUGGUUCGAUAUGGCUAUGUUGACGAUCAACACUGUCGUUCUUCAGUCUAUUGCUUACUGUACCCUCAAGAGAAAGCUCAACAGAUUUUGAAAACAUUCAGGUUUUUCUGAAUUAUGCGAAGGAAGUGGUUCAGGGUCAGUCGGUUAAGCUGAAUUCUCCAAAGAAGGAAUUAAAACAUUAAAACCAACUUACUGGAAAAUACUGCAAGAACCUGACGAUUCUCUUGCUCUUUGAGGAUUCCGAAGAAGUACUUUUAGAUUCAAACAAAAAGAAGGCAUUCGGGAAUUACAAUAAUAUUAUAAUUUUUAUUUAAAAAUUAUUGUAAGCGGUGUCAAGGCUCAAGGACACCUAAAGACUGAAUUGACGAUUUACAUCGAGAAUCGGCACACAUCUUAAAAAAUUUGCAUUUUUAACUAGUUCAGUCUUAAAAAUAGUAGAGUAGUAAAAACUAAAUUGAAAAGCAGUGAUACAUUUAAACGUAAAAAGAUUUUCAAUUUUAUUUCUAUUAACUAUACUUUUUUCUAAUCACGCAAUUAAUAACUUUCGUCCACUUUUGACUGAUUUUCUAUCACUGGAUUCUUAAUUUAUCAGAAUUAAAUCAAAUAUUUGUACAAUAAUAUAAGUAGUUUAAUUAGUAAUUUAUAAUUACCAAAAUAGCAUUAGAGAUAAAAAUAACUCUGCCAGGACAGUAUCAAAAGUUGUAAAAAAAACCUGAACGAGUUUUCAACAAUCUUUUUUAUAUUACCUAUUAAUUCACGAGUAUAGUGAAUUAACGAAUAAGAGAUAAAGAAGAAAUUAGUUUUACUAAAA